GGCGGAGGGGCUGUAAUUUGAGAGUAGCAGAGAGGUAUUAUUAGCCAAAAACCGACGCGCGGCACUUGAGACAUCCAGAUGUUGCGUUCGAGGCACCAAGCGAAGUCGGGUGUUGGCUACAACUUGUUUCCACGCUGAAAUACAUUACUGUCCUGUUCACCAACAGAAGGAAGAUACAUUGAAAAACUGUUUGGACAAAGAGGACAUUGAGGGGGCCGUGAAUGCUACAACAAAGCCUCAACUAACUGCGCAGUUCGGACGUUUAAACCUGAUUGACAUGUUUGUGUUUCUACGCCGGGUUGGAGUGAGAUAGUCUAUUAGGCUUAUACUUACGCUGCACUAUCGUUUAAAACUCAAAAUAUUCCGUAGGCCUAUUUCGUGAGUGUGUUUGGGACAAGUGGGGCAUCAUGGCUUUUCUUCACUUGCUCCUGUGCGCCGGGAUGAUAUCACUGCCGAUGUCUGGAGGUUUUUUCACCGGACCUUUACAUCCGGAGAUGUCUAACGGCACUUUUCACCAUUAUUUCGUGCCGGACGGUGAGUACGAGGACAACGACGACCCGGAGAAAUGCCAGAUGCUUUUUAAAAUGACCGACGAGCGAAAGUGCGGUCUCUCUGAGGACCAGGACGCCGUCAUACGGGAUGAUUUCACCAUCAUCAAGAGGCAGAUUGAGGACUCGGCCAGGGUGCUGGAGGGGAUCGGGAAAAGCAUCUCGUACGACCUGGACGGAGAGGACAGCUACGGGAAAUACUUGCGGAAGGAGACGGCUCAGAUAAGCGAGGCGUUUACAAACUCUGAGAAAUCCCUGCUGGAGCUGGAGGUGAAAUUCAAACAGAGCCAGGAGAGUGAGCUGAAGGAGGAGCACCGGCUCAACGACGACUUUCUGAACAUGAUAGUGCACACGCGGGACGUCCUGAAGGACACGUUGGACAUUUCUCUGGGACUGAAAGACAAGCACGAGCUCCUGUCUCUUAUCAUCCGCAGCCACGGCACGAGACUGAGCAGACUGAAGAACGAAUAUAUGAAGUUUUGAAAGAAAAUAGUUCCUACAGGUCUCACAGUAGCCUACUAUUUUUAUUAUUUUUAAAACAAUUUAAUGGUGUAGUGUGACCGCGAGACAGAGGCAGGGGCGACAAAUUUGAGCAAUAUUAUAUCAGGGAUAAUAGGCUACCAAAGCUAAAAUUAAGUUAGUAAAACACAUUUUCUUUAACUCUAGAGCAAUACGCAAUGGAUACCAACUUCUGGGUCAGAUCCCUCCAGUGGGUCAAAAGAUAGGCUACUGUAUAAACUGAGGUCACAUGAGACUUGUCUCUCAUCUUUGCUUUUUUUCUUUAAAUACUUGACAAUUCACCUUUUUGUUGUUGCUGAAAAUUAAUCAAAUAAAACAAACCUGAGCAGUUUGGAAGGAAAAUCUGUCUCAGUUGCUCACAACUGCUAUAAGACAUAAAAGUUUGUUUUGGUAAUUUGGUCAUUUGCAAAUUUACACUAUUAAAGUACAAUAUCAACUAUGAUGGUCCUGCAUUACUACCAGAUCUCAUGGUCCUCUUUUGUAGAGGGACCAUGUUUUUAAAUCUUUUAAGACCUCACAGAUACAUUUAAUUUAUAUUGUGCUCAAUGAAAUGCUACAAGAAACACAGACUGUUCCAUUUACUUCCACUGCAUUCAUGGCAGAAAUCUGUGAGAGGGAUAUUUUAAAAAGUGGGCAUUUAAAACCAUAACAAUCGCCAUGGUGAGGCACUACUAGUGAAGUAAGACAAUGUGGUGCUUUGAAAUUUGAUAAAGUCUGUUGGACUGUAUCUGACACCAAUAAUCAUACUUGGACAAUAUGAAUAUCCUCUUCACAUAUGUCAUGAUACAUGGUAGUAUUGUGAUGCAUUUUCUGAAAAAAGCCAAUUCAGAAAGGAAUGUCUGUUUGGCUGAUCCAGCCAAUUAAAUGCCUAACAAAUCAAAGUACUUCAUCAUAUUGAUGCAAAAGAUGAUUUAAAAAUCCAAUAUUGCCAUAACAUGGUCCUGCUCAGUGAUUUACAGUACAUCAGAGAUAUUAAAAAGAUAACUACCAUAGCAUAACCGAUUUGGCAAAACUCAAGAUAAUCAUAUCCUAUAUAUCAUCUGACUGUGUAAAUUGUCAUAUUGCCCACUUCUACAGACCACUGUAAUAGUCAAGCAUUACACACAGUAAAACACACAAUUGUGGUUACAUGACUAUAUUUACAAAAUAGCAAAAUACAAAAUAACUUAGAUUUUCCAAUAAAUAAUUUAUGGCCUGAAUUAGAAUUAUCUGUCCAGCAAUACAUACACCAAAAAUGACUCUAUAUGGUUAUUUUUGGUUUGUGCAUUGAAUUUACCUGUACACUGUCACAGGUUUGUGUAUGUGUGGGUGUGUGUAUGUGUAAACGACGGCUUCAAACUUGAGUCAGCCAAUUAAAAAAAAGUGAGAAGGGGAGCUGUCAGUUUUUAAAGCAUAAGUCGUCAGAUGUCAUCUCAUUCAGUCCUCUGUGAGAGAAAAACAGAGUGAAUUUUGGACACCGUGGAAAGCUUACGUGUCAGUGUCCAUAUUCAUUAGUUAAUACUAUGUCUUUGGUUUCAUUUUGACCCCAAAAGUUGAGUUUUGGAUAAGAUCACAGAGUGGACUUUGUGUAGUAGCCUGGCAGAAAGCUCCUAACAUGAGCAACCACUAUUGUUGCUCUUCAUCAAAGAAUGUUUACAUAUGGAAACCUAUCUGUUGUAUUUUUUUGCUUUAUAGGCUAGCAGACAUUGCACAAUUCUUUACUGUCCCGGUGCUAAAGGUUGUGACAUGGUUUAAAAUGCAAGGCCUUUACUGUGCUGUUUUGCACAGGCAGCAUAAUCUUGUAAAUGUGUAUAAUUAGAAGUAAGUUAAUACUGUGAGUGCCUAUAUCUUUAAUACAGAACACCUUAUUAUGUAUUCAUUGUUUAAAUAAAGUUUUGAAAUAGAGCAGCAAAUAUCUAUUAUUGUUUACUUUUAAGGAAUGUGGUGAGAUGUAAGACUGCAGGCAGCACUCGUGGACUUCAGUGUUUGACUUUAAUAUCAGACAUUAAUCUGUGUAACAACAGAUUUUAACGGAUUGUGUUGUGUCUUGUCAAAUAAAGAGUUUGUGUUUGAA